GCUAGAGAAGAGCAGUUUUGUAUGAAAAGUCAGCUCUCCACCUCUCCGAGAACCAUUCUUCUCUCUUCCUAUUCUUUCUUUUUGUUCCAUUUACUACCUUGAAAAUCCAAAAUCUUGCUUUCUCUUGUUUCUUGUUUCUUGCUUCCUCAAAAACCAAAACCCAUCAUCCCAAUUCUCAUCUUCUCGAGGAAAAAAUCUUCUACGUCUGUUUUUGGUGCAGUACCAAAUGCUCAAAAGCUGUUAUAGAUGAUGGUGUCUUUGCCUUAAUAGCAUGUGCAACUUGUUUGUUCUUGGCAUGGACAAGUAUCAAGGUGAUUUAACUGAUAUAGUUCGAGGCACUGGUGGUCCGCUUGGAUGUGGCGCUGCUUCUGCUUCUGAUGUUUCUUCUCCCACCUGGAAAUUCCCUUCCGAUCCAAUCAAUUUUCAGCCCAGUACUACUACCCCUUUCGGUGAUCCCUUCUCCACCAUGCGGGAUCCACUUCUCACCGAGCUCAACGCCGCCGGUUCCAACUAUUUCGGCAGCCCAACUUCCAGUGACAUGAUGAUGAGCACUAGUAUGGAAGAUACAGUCACUGGAUUCUACGGUGCAAGUAGUAAUAUUCAGACAACCUGCAGUAUUUUCCCUCGGAUUCAGAUCUCCCCGGCUCCUCCAAAACUUCAGGUGUCGCCAUGUGACUCGCCGGUAAUAGCUGCGGCUCCUUCCCCUGCCGUGGUCCCAAGCGACAUGAGCUCUAAAGGAUGUUUGAUGGAUAACACCGGGCCGGUGCAGAUCUCGUCUCCGCGGAAUCUGGGAAUCAAGAAGAGGUUGGGGAAGUGCCAGGCGAAGAAGGUUGUUUGUAUCCCAGCACCGGCUGCUGUAAACAGCAGGUCAAGUGGAGAAGUCGUUCCUUCUGAUCUGUGGGCAUGGAGGAAGUAUGGUCAAAAACCAAUCAAAGGUUCUCCAUAUCCAAGGGGGUAUUAUAGGUGCAGCAGUUCAAAGGGUUGCUCAGCGAGGAAGCAAGUGGAGCGGAGCCGGACUGAUCCCAACAUGUUGGCGACAAAGGACGAAAUGAAGGAGAGCAGCAACGACACAUUCUCUGAUCCCGUUGUUCCAGGUAGCUCGACAGCGAGCGUAAAAGAAGAGAUGGAAGACAUGGAGAAGCAGCUGGAGAUGGAAGAUGCAGAUAUAUUUAAUGCUGAUGAAGUUUUCCCUCACAGUUACAAACCUACAUUGCCAGAUUCCACCCACCAUCACCCGGAGGACUUCUUCGCUGAUUUGGACGAGUUAGACGCCGAACUCUUGUUCGCCAAAGGAGAGGACCAGAAAGAAAACAGCAGCAAGGGAGGCAUGGAUUUUAGUUUCUUUGACUGGGACAACAAUUCAUUUGGAGAAGAUCACAAAGGGGGUUUAUAACAUGACCUUGAAAGCAAAAGCACAGGCAUAAACAGAGGAGUUUUGAUCUCCACAAAAAAAAAAAAAUUAAAAUUAAAAAUAAGUUAAGUCUUUUCGUGGUGAAAGAUGAUGAUUUGAUUCAAUUCAAGGUCCUGGUAUAAACCUCUUUUUAUAUAUUAUUAUGGUUUUUGAAAUGGGCAAUUCAAUGCAAAUAUAUGUCUGUAGGCUGUAGUUACUUUUUUUUUUUUUUAAUCUUUCUUGUUAUUUACCAGAAUUUGUCAGGAGAUUAGGAGAGAGGGAAUGAGGUAAAAGACGACAGUGGAAGCAACUGAAUUGGGAUGAGUCCCACAUUCCUUUUGGAAUAUGGAUGGAUGGGACAGAAAGCUGAUGAACAGAAGGUUACAACAGUAAAAACAAGUACAUGACUGGAAAACUCAGAGAGGAGAUGGAUUCAAGGAUGGGACUUUGCUCUGCCCUUUUCCAUCUUUUCGAGUGGGGAAAAUUAUUCAAGCAUAACUUUUUCUUUGCUAUUCUUCAUGUGGCCAAAUUUUUUAUAUUUAUUUUUGAUUGCAACAACAAUGAGAUUCAAGUGAGGAAACAAAUGUUCAUUACCUAU